AUGGAGGAGGAUGAGUUCUUUGUUUUGUCUGAGAGUGAGGAUGAUGGAGAUGUACAAACUAAAGGAUAUGGAUUAAUGAUGGAUAAAUCUUCAGCACCGGUAUCUUUAGGAGAGUUUAUUCCUGAUAACUCUGAUGAAGGGACUACUACUGUUGUUUCUGGUGAUCGUACUUCAUUAUCUAUUGAUGAAGUUAUCUUUGGUGAUACCGUAAGUAACUCUAAACCGUUACGUAUGAAAGCCAAACCAGGAGAAAUUAAAAAAGACAUUCCCAUUGGUAUAGAUGAUAUCAUUAUCAAUAGUAAUAGUAUUAGUAUUAGCAGUAAUAAUAAUAAUAAUAAUAAUAAUAAUAAUAGUGGUAGUGGUGAGAGCAGUUCCAUGGUAGGUUUAUCCCUGAAUGGAGGUACAUCUGGAGUAGGGAUAUCUUCACUUUAUGAGAAUAGUGAAGAUAAACAAGAAACUAUGAUUGAUAUAUCUUUACUUCGAAGUAUGACUUGUGCAGAUGUACGUGCUCUGCUGGAACCUUUUUUUCAGCGUAAAGAAAUUGCCAAAAUGACAUUUGAUAAAGCCAAGGAAAAUUUAUUAUUAGAAGAAGAAGAAGGGGAAAUUACACCGUCUAUGCGUAAGGUAAACCGUAUUAUGUUAGAAAGAUGGAGACGUUUAGUGAAUAUCUCUAAUUGGAAUGAUGGGAAUCCAUUAAGAAAUGAUGUUCUUUUCCCUGAAGUACUUCUCCCACCAUUAUCAUUAUUAUUAUCAUCAUCAUCUUCUUCUCUUGUUGCUGGGGAUUCCACAACCUCAACAACUAAUAAUAAUAAUAAUAAUAAUACAGAGAUAUCAACAUCUACAACUCGUAAACUUCGACCGCAUCAAAUAGAAGGUAUUCGAUUUCUCUGGAGUAUUCUCGCUGAAGGACCUGUAGGAAAAGUGCCGGCUGUUGGUUGUAUUCUCGCACACACAAUGGGUCUUGGUAAAACAUGUCAAGUCGUAAUCUUUUUACAUUUAUAUAUGAGACAAUAUAAUUAUAAAGAGAGAAAACAACGGGUAUUACUGGUAGUGCCAAAGUCUACACGUUCUGGUUGGAAUAAUGAAUUUACAACUUGGUCGCAGUAUUUCCCUGUAGCCCAUCGUAUUAAACCAAUAGUAAUGGAUGAACGGGAAAGUAUGAAGAAACGAAUAGAAAUGUAUACGGCAUGGAAGAAAGAAGGUGGAAUUUUAUUAGUUGGAUAUGAAAUGGUACUUGGUCUGGUAAAGAAUGAUACAAAUAAUAAUAAUAAUAAUAACAACAACAACAAUAGUAGUAGUAGUAGUAUGCAUACAAUGAAAGAAAAAUCUUUUUAUACAGAUUUACUUAUAUGUGAUGAGGCACAUAGAUUAAAAUCUACAAAAUUACAAAUUUCUGUAGCCUUACGUAGUUUACAUCCACUUCGUCGUCUUCUCUUAACAGGAACACCACUUCAAAAUCAUUUACAAGAAUAUUGGGCAAUGGUAGAUUUUGCCCUUCACAAGUAUUUUGAGCAACGACGUUUUCAAGAAUUCUUUAUUAAUCCUAUUGAAGCUUCUGUUCAUAGUAAAGCCUCUCCACGGGAAGUGGCCGCAGCUCGUAUGAAGACAUUUACUCUUAUACGCGAAUUAAGACACUUUGUUCAACGUGUAGAUAGUACACCUCUACAAGAUGAAUUACCUCCACUACAUGAAUAUGUUGUAGUGGUUUCUCUCUCUCCACUACAAUCACGUUUAUAUAAUGAUUUUUUAAAAUUAGUGCGAGAAGAACAAUCUCGAUAUAAUUUUCUUCAAGCUGUAACGUAUGCGAAUAAAAUUUCAGCUCAUCCACAACUUCUCUUUGCAUCGGAUCCAUCAUCUCCUGUAAAAUCAAUACGAGGGGAAGAGGAUGAUAAUAGUAGUAGUUCAGAUGAUGAUGAUGAUGAAGAAGAAAAAGUAAGAAAACAAUUAGCUAUUCGUUCAUCCACUUCUUCAUUUAAACCAGAGUUUAAUAAUAGAUAUAUAAAGUUAUGUCAACCUCCUUCAGAUUAUAUUCCAAAAUCAGAAGAUGGAGCUAAAUUACAUGUUGCUAUUAAUAUUAUAAAAGCCGCAUUGCUUCGAGGUGAAAAGACUCUACUUUUUAGUUUAUCUACUAAAUUGCUUGAUUUAUUUGAAACUACUAUUGCAGAAAAGAAUCAAUCUUGGCAAAAAGAUGGAUCACUCUCUCGUCCUAUUCGUUAUUGUCGUUUAGAUGGAAGUCAUAGUGGGGCUGAACGAGAAGAUACAUUACGUUCCUUUGCAUCUACACAAGGAGCGGAUGUUUUUCUAUUAAGUAUGAAAGCUGGUGGUGUAGGGAUUACAAUUACUGCCGCUACUCGAGUAAUUCUCCUGGAUACUGGCUUUAACCCAGCAGAUGAUAGACAAGCAAUUGGACGUGCCUAUCGAUAUGGACAAACUAAACCUGUUUUUGUUUAUCGUUUGAUGUGUCAUCAAACAUUUGAACACCGCAUGUUUGAACAGAAAGUAGCGAAGGAAUGGUUAUUUCGUACAAUUGUGGAAGAGGCCUCUUUAAAGCGAGAUGCCCUUGCUGGACUUGGAUUGCAAUCUAUGUUUCAAUUACUCGGUCGGGCUCAUGCAGUGAAGAGUAAUAAUAAUAAUAAUAAUAAUAAUAAUAAUAAACCGACACUUACAAAAGAACAAGAAAACUCCACGGCGAAACUUCUGGAAGAAGAUGUUAUCUUGGCAGAUGUGGCUGAACACAUUCUCUACGCGGAAUCGCAUGAAGUAUAUUUACAACAUGAUGAACGAGUACAAUAUGGAACAGAAGAACGAGCCUUUUAUGAUGAAUAUCAAAAGAAUGGAGUUUUCUAUGUAGAUCAUCAUCCAAUGUAUGGAGAUGAGAAUAAUGAAACCCACCGCUUUGGACGUCAACGGGAAAAACAUCAACAAGAGAUUGUUGGUCAAACAAAAACUCUCACGGCAUUAGUAGAUGAUAUCAUUAGAUCUCGUGCAGAGAAUGAUCCACAAUUACGACAUAUUUUACGUAUGAUGGGAGUUACAGUGGAUGAGUCUGGUACUGUAAUGUUGGCAUCUAAACAACAACAACAACAACAACAACAAAGAGUAGAGGAAAAGAAAGAAAGAGAAACUCAGUAUCAACAGCAGCAGCAGCAGCAGAAGCAGCGAUCGUAUCAUGGAAAAAGAGAUAAAGAGGAGGAAGAAGAAGAUGAUGAUGAUGAUCCCAAUAGUGAAUGGAAUUCCACUUCUUCUUCUUCACGGAGAAAGAUUCCACGAAAUGAAAAAGUAUCUCGUUUACGUCCAGUUGUCUUAGAUGAGUCUGAUGAUGAUUCUAUUCUUCUUCUUGAUGGAAAGAAGGCUCCUGUCCCUCUUGUGGAUCCAUCAAAGUAUGAACAGUUUAGACCGGGCCGAGAUGCCAAGAACGCCAUCUUUAUUGAUGAGGAUGAGGUGUAG